AUGUCGACUAUUCUCCGUACAUUGCGGAAUCUGCGAAGGAUUGGCUUCAAGGAAUAUGGCCACCAAAUGCAGUACAUGGGUGAUACCAAAGCUGGUACCCUGAUUGGCACCGAUCGAUUCGGCAACAAGUUCUAUGAGAACGUGGAGGAGGAGCUUCCCCUCCGAACCCGCUGGGUUGACUACAAGGAGAUUGAAUACGACCCUUCACAGAUCGAGCCUGGCUGGCACGCCUGGAUCUCGUACAUGGUCGACACUCCCCCCACCGGCGACAAGCUACUGCAGACUGGUCAGCGUACUUGGGAGCUCACAGAGCACAGGCCGACUCUUACUCUGAGCCGUGCGGCUUUCAAGACUUAUUCUACUGUCAAGCCCAAGUAUACAGCUUGGACCCCAGUUGCUGCUCCCCGGUGA